UUUCUCUCAUGUCACUUCCAGAGUGCCACUCGGUCAGUGCAGUAACAAUGCUCUCUCUCAACUCCCAACCCAGCAGUUUGGUCUCCAGUUUUCCCCCGUGGAGACAGGAGAAUGGAAACGAGGAGGCAGAUUCACACCAUCUGGAAAGGGCUCUGUACCAGACACUACAGGAAGUCCUGAGGGAGAUUGGGCUUCCCAAGACCCGGGAACAUGAUGAAACUGCGCCAGGUGAAUCGCACUCAGAGGUUUGCAUCUGUGUGUUGGGGUCCCCACUUCCCUAUCUAUCUCUCCUGUUAGAGGCAGGACAGAUAAGUCCAGGCAAUUCCCUCCUGUGUCUCUCCCCCUCCUGGCUCUCUCGCUCCUCCUCAUCGCUCGUGGUACACAGAGCAGUGUCCUUUGAUCUGGGGGGGCGCACCACCCUCCUCAACUUCAGUCCUCCCCGUCGGGUCACCUACUUACUGACAUGUGACCCCUGGGUUGGGGAGGAAGUGACCCAGGGGGCAGACUGCCCGAUGGGAGUAUCCCUGGAGCUGGGGCAGUUCUGGGGCGACACACUGACUGCGAGGGUGAUGCUGCAGAAGGCCAAGAUCAACUGCCCCCCCACCCUGGCUCUCCUCAUGCCCCCGGGGCAGAAGGGCGUGGCGGAAGGACGCACAGGGGUGAUUGAGGUAGUCCAGCUGGAAGCCGGGGCGCAGAGGUGGACAGAAUCGAUCCGAAACAAGCUGAACACGUUCUUGGCGUCUGAGGCUUUGAGGGACACUGACAGGGUGGUACUGAGGCACAGUGGGGGGAGAUUUGUGAGUGGGUCUGGUGGUUCUGUCCUCUACCUCCCACGGGACAACAAGGAGGAGGUAUGGGUGAGGGUAAAGCACAUGCUGUCCCAGCUGUUUGCGGGUGAGAGCGUCUUGGUGGAGGCCUAUUGCCCGCCACUGAAGCCAGGCCCUCGAGUCGAAGACCGCACCUGGGAGCAGUAUUCAGAAUGCAGGCCCCACGCGCCUGACCUGACAUUCAGACUGUGCGCCAUUGUUACACGCUCCCCCCAAAACGUCCCCCUGCUGUACAAGAUGGUGUGUAAAGUGGGUGCGUGCAGUGCCCCUCUCUCUCACUCGCACUCCCUCUCCCAGUCUCUGGAGACCACUCUGUCUGACUGCGGCUUCGCCGACCCUUCCAUAGUCACCUCCCUCAAGCGCCUGGCAACCGACACUGCCCUAGCCUGCUUUCAAGUUGUCAUCGAGACUGAGUCUGGGAUGUCACCAGAGCAACGGGGUGGCGUGGGCGCUCAGAGUGACCUGAUAGGAGUGGACCUCCUCUUCACUCUCUCUGGUUGGACCAUCACUCCUGUAGUCCUGGGACUGCAUCCCUCCCGUUGCCUGGAGACCUCUUUCCUUGGGGGCGGAGUAGCUGGCUGGGGCAGGCAGUUGAGGGGGGUGGACGAGGACAGGGAAUGCUGCCUGGGCAGUCUGCUCCACUCCCCGCUCACACGCUCUCAGUGUUAUCUGAUGGAGGGAAAGACCGUAUUAGUCAUCGGAGCAGGGGGUUUCAGCAAGAAGUUUGUAUGGGAAGCAGCCAGACAGUACCGGCUGAAGAUACUGCUGGUGGAUUCUGAUCCCUCUCACUUCGCCUCCCAGCUGGUGGAUCACUUCUUUCCCCUACCUGACCUUCCUGACCAUCGCCGUGACGACCAGCACUGUGCACGCAUCUGUGAUUGGGUGAGAACAGCUCAGCUCCACCCCGACGGAUGCGUCUGUUUCUGGGACGACUGCGUGGUCUUGGCAUCUCUUGUCUGUCGCGAACUGGGGCUUAGGGGACCCCCUCCGGAAAGCAUCCACAUCGCCAAGGAGAAGAGUCGCACACACUUGCACCUGCUGGGCCACUCACAAUCUAGGCCCACGGCGGCUAAGGCAGGGGUGCUGUCCGGCGACUCAAAUUCUGACCCGUUUGCUAAUCAACACACAGCUGUGUUGAAGAAUCCAGACCUUGCAGGUGACCUGAAGGCUGAGGAGAGAGAGAGGCCAGUGGGGAUCACCAUAGAGACACUACAAGUCAACAUGGACUUGACCGAAAUAGAGGGCGAGAGUUUAAGAGCCAUGAUGGAUUUUGACAAGAGGGAACAAAUGGGCCUCAAAGGGGAGGACCACCACAGAGGGGAAGUGGGAAAUCUUGACCCACCCCCUCGCUGUCCUAUCAAUCCUUCCCUUUCACCUUCCCCCUUCUGUCUCUCCACACCCCACCUGUCCCCCUCCCCGAGCGCUUAUGCCGUGCCCUGUGUUCACAUCGAGAGUUCCCUGGACCUGAAAAACGCUGUCCGUGAUGAGGCUGGGAAGGCGGGAGUGCGCUUCCCUGCCGUGUUGAAGCUGGAGUACGGAGCAGGGGCGGUGGGUGUGAAGAAGAUCGGGUCCCUGGAGGAGGGUCUGGUGCACCUGGAGAAGAUAGCCGGCGAUCUGCGGGAGGAGACGGAUUACCCAGGCAUCGGGCUGGGCUGGGGAAACGCCAUGACGCUGAUGGAGUUUGUCGGCGGCACGGAGCACGACGUGGACCUGCUCCUGUUCGACGGCCAGCUGGAAGGGGCGUUCGUGUCUGACAACGGCCCGACGCGUGUGCCCUCCUUCACAGAGACGGCAGCGCAGAUGCCCUCGGGCCUGGCGCCGGACAAGCGGGAGCAGCUGAUCAGGGCAGCCUACCACAGCUGCCUGGGGUGCGGCCUGCGUGACGGCGUCUUCAACGUGGAGCUGAAGAUGACCGAGCUCGGCCCGCGCCUCAUCGAGAUCAACGCCCGCAUGGGAGGCUUCUACCUGCGCGACUGGAUCCGCCAGCUGUACGGUGUGGACAUCCUCCUGGCGGCAUUCAUGGUGGCGUGCGGGCUGCCGCCCCGCCUCCCCACGCCCACCGCGCUCCCUGCCCAGGGCCACUUCGUCGGAGUCAUGUGUGUGGUGUCGCAGCACCUGCAGGCCCUGAAGACCACUGCCCGCCUGGAACGCCUCCGCCAGCUCCAUCAGGAGGGGGCGCUGCGGCUGAACGAGCUGGAGGACGAGCUCAUCUCCGGGGAGUACGAGGAGCCGUACUGCAACGUGGGUGUGAGGGCCGCCCAGCCUGCAGACGCCCGUCGACGUCUGUUGGCGCUGUGUCAGGGGCUUGGACUGCACUGCCCACCCCGCUACGACCUGCGCUAUUUUCUGUCCCACUUUAAAUAGAGCAGAGGUGGAAUUUUUUUUUUGGCAAAGAGAUUAGGGAUCAAAUUCACAAAUAUUAGAGACGAUUCUGGGUACAGAGGUUGAGAAUUGAUGAAUUUGAUUAGAUUGGAAUUAUCAUUGGAGUCAAGUAACUCAUUACAUGCAUAUUUAUCAGAGGGUGUGGAAGAGAGGGUAGGUGUAGGGUUAUAAUUGGGGUAAGCAGUGGUAUCCAUUGAAGCAAGAUGAGUAGAGAUGGAACAGAUGGGGAAUAUGAUAAAAUAUUUACUAUUUGAGUACAUGUUCUCAUAGCUACAUGGGUGUUAAUCUAUUAAAAUGGUACGGUGUAGGUUACUGACUGUGAAUUUUAGAAUUGGUGACUCGAGACAAAAUAGAGCUAAGUGGAUUCAUCAAUGUCUGAAAUGUGGGCCUUAUAGUAAUUUCCUUACAUAAAUUUAUCUUAGGGUAAAUAAUCCUAAAGUGAUUGCUUUAAGAUCACGUAUGCAAAGUGUGUGGAAAAAUUGGAUGGUGAUUUAGGUAUGUGUUUAUUCUUCCUAAGACUGCUCCAACAGAAGAUAUUUUCAACCAGAUUAAAUUGUAAACACCA